AUCAUUAUCUAGUCGCAAGCAAUGGGUUUGAAGUACAUACUUAUUCUACUGGCUUCUAGCAAUCUGCUGUCCGUCCAAGCGUCAGAAUUCAAAUUAAAAAUCAUUCAUUUCAACGACCUCCAUUCGCGAUUCGACGAAGUGUCAACGAAAUCCGCCCCUUGCCUUGCAAACAGUGGACCAUGCAUAGCUGGAGUAGCGCGGUUAGUAACAACUAUCGAAAACUUAAAAAAGGAAAAUCACAACCACCUGGUGCUGAACGCCGGAGAUGUAUUCCAAGGAACCAUUUGGUACAAUUUGCUAAAAUGGAAUGUGAGCCAACUGUUUGUUAAUAUGAUAAAAGCGGAUGCCAUGACCUUGGGAAAUCAUGAAUUCGAUGAUUCUGUUGGAGGUUUAGUUCCAUUCCUGAACGCCAUCAAGAAUGUCACCCCCGUGGUAGUAUCGAACAUGGUUUUUCCACAAAACCUAAAUACUGAAUCGAAGCAGCUAAAGUCUUUAAUAAAACAAAAUCCACUUAUACUGAAAGUUGGAGGUCAAUCAAUCGGAAUUAUCGGUGUGAUAUACGAUGAAACGGAUAAAAUUGGUAACACGGACCCAAUUAAAUUUAAAAGCAGCAUCAAAUCUGUCAGAAUGGCAGCAAAAAAGUUGAAAAACAAAGGAAUCAACAAAAUCAUAGUCCUGUCCCAUUGUGGUAUAAUCGAUGACCGGAAGAUUGCCGAACAAGCGGGCGAAAACAUAGACAUCAUAGUGGGAGGCCAUUCGCAUACGCUUCUCUACAACGGCGAUCCUCCAUCGCAGCAAGAGGUCUUCGAUAAGUACCCCAUGGUGGUUGAAGCUCGGAACAAACACAAAGUGCUAAUCGUACAAGCUUUCUGCCACGGACAUUUCGUGGGAAACAUAGACCUGACGUUCGAUGAUUCAGGGGAGAUCACUGCCUACGAAGGGCAACCAAUUUAUCAAGAAAACAGCAUCAGGAAGCAUCCCCAAGUCGAGGCACAAGUAGAGGCGCUGAGAAAGGAUGUUGAGGCAAAAUCGUCAGUAACAGUUGGACAAUCCGAGAUUGAACUGAGCAACGAUUGUCGUGUGAAAGAGUGCUCAUUUGGAAGUUUCCUCGCCGAUGCCUAUGUGUGGUACUUCCGGAAUGAACCAAACCCUCCGACGAUUGCGCUAAUUCACCCAGGGAACUUUAGAACUGUGCUGGCUAACGAUUCAAUCACGAGAGGUCAACUGCUAACAGCGCUUCCGUUUCCUUCGAAUGCCAAAACAAUCACUGUUCCAGGUGUAACGAUUAGGAAAGCGAUUGAAUUUGGUCUGACCAUCAAUCGAAGGUGCACUUUCAAUACGGUGCAAAUAGCAGGGCUCACAGUAGGCGUUGAUUAUGCCAAGCCAGUCAGUAGGCGGGCCACGAUUCUGGUGAACGAAGGAGAAAGACGCGAACCCUUGAACGAUUCCAAGGAAUAUGAUGUACUGGUGAAUUCCUAUAUGUGGAAAGGAGGCGAUGGUUUUGAUAUGUUCAGGAAUUACACCGUUAAAGAAUGGGCCCCGAUCGAUGCUGAACUGCUUGAGAGAUACAUGAAAGCUCUCGUUGUAAUCAAACAAAGCACACUACGUGGACCACGAAUAACCGUGGCUCACGAGGAAGCCGCUUAUGAAGCAGUUGACAAGUGCAAAUCAUCUAGAUGAUUGUUGUAAACUAAUAUUCCGAUUGACUGCUGUAAAGGCUUAAAAAUAUGAAAAUGAGAUAAAUUCGUUCUACAGUAUCCUCUCGCUAAUCCG